AUGGUGGAACAGCGCUUCAGUACCGCCAUUGCAUUCGCUGCGGGUGCUCUGGUCGCUCUUGCGAUCUGUGAAGUGGCACGCUUUAGGACCUUCAGCUCCAACAACCCCCAUCAGCUACCAAGCAGACGCCUUGGUCUGGAGGAAGAUGAUGACCAAAAGGGGAUUGAGUCGACGAUUGGCAAUACACCACUUUUCGUGAUCAAGUCGCUUACAGAGGCUACUGGAUGCACUAUCCUCGCCAAAGCCGAGUUUCUUAAUGGUGCAGGUGGAUCUCCGAAGGACCGUGUUGCAUUGUCAAUCAUCCAAAAAGCUGAAUCGGCAGGUUUAUUGGUGCCUCAUUCGGGGGACACGAUCUACGAAGGCACGGUAGGAUCAACAGGAAUAUCACUUGCUACAUUAUGCAGAGCGAGAGGGUAUCUCGCGCACAUUUGCAUGCCCUCCGACCAAGCAAUAGAGAAAUCAGAUAUGCUUCUUAAACUAGGAGCAAUUGUAGAUCGAGUCCGACCUGCUCCAAUCGUUGAUCAAGCACAUUUCGUUAAUCAAGCUCGAAACCUGGCAGCUGAGCACACAGCAGACCCUAAGAAGCGCGGAAGAGGCUUUUUUGCAGACCAAUUCGAGACUGAGGCUAAUUGGCAGGCACAUUAUGAAGCUACCGGGCCAGAGAUCUUUCGGCAAUCCGGGAAGAAUCUUGAUGCUUUCGUUGCCGGUGCCGGUACAGGAGGAACCAUAUCCGGGGUUGCAAUGUUCUUAAAAGCACAACUUCCGGACAUACGCAUUGUACUUGCUGAUCCGACGGGUAGCGGUCUUUUCAACAAGAUCAAACAUGGGGUCAUGUUCCAUCCUGAUGAAAAAGAAGGGACAAGACGAAGGCAUCAGGUUGACACUAUUAUCGAAGGGAUUGGACUUACACGAUCAACAGCGAAUUUCGAAGCGGGCAGAGAAUUGAUCGAUGAUGCUGUCAAGGUUACCGAUGCACAGGCGUUGGCAAUGGCUAGAUGGUUGGUCGAGAAAGACGGCAUCUUUGUUGGAAGCAGUAGUGCUGUGAACUGUGUCGCUACCGUCCAAACUGCCUUGAAGCUUGGACCUGGUCAUCGUCUUGCUACUGUACUAUGCGAUUCUGGCGCACGACACCUAUCCAAGUUCUGGAACCAAGCUGGCAACGUUGCAGGUACUACAAGUACUCGCUUGCAAGAUGUGCUUCAGCUCAAGAUAGACCGUGAGCUGAGUGGGUGA